CGCCCCGCCGCCGCCCCCACCGGUCGAGCCGUUCGCCGCCUGUCCGCCGAGGCGACGCGAGCACGCCGCGCGCCGCCACGAGCUCGCACUCGUGGUGAACACACAACAGAACGCGCCCGGCGGCACCCGCGCCCGCGAUGUUUCAAACGUGUCAGAUCUGAGUGUCGGUCAGUCGUCUUUGUAUUAUUUUGUUCUGACGGUUGCAUCGAGUGAAGUUUUACGUGUAAACAUGUUGUGACGAAGUUCUUGCCGAUGCUGCUCUGACGGCAGAGCGUGGCACUGUGACGGAGUAUCUUUUUGUAAGGAGCAUGAUGGACAGUGAGCCUUUACCGUUGUUGUGGAAUCUACACAGUGCGAGGAAUGGAAGUGAACUUUCCGCCAACGGCCUAAAAGGAGACCCUGGGAAAACAGGAAAAGGAAAAGAGCAGAGCUGUGAGGAGAAGAAGAAGAAGAAAACGAAGAAGUAUGAGGAUUAACGCGCUGCAGGGCGGCGGUGGCGGGCGGCGGUGCUGACCCUGCGCGGCCCGGGCGACGCCAUGCUGUGCCUCAACAUGAAGCUCUCGGCGCGCCUCAAGGGCGACAAGGCCCGCGGCGAGCGCGGCGGCAUCGGAGGUGGCCUCGGCGGCGCGCUCGGGGGCGUGCCCCGGGAGGCCGGCUUCCUCGCCCUGGCCGCGCCGCUCGCGGGCCAUUCGCCCAUGCUGCCCCCCGGCCAGCCCCGCGACCGCUCCAAGUCGCUGUGCGUCGACCGCGUCAUGGCCGCCCUGGUGCGGCCCGGGUACGACCCGGCCACCCUGGCCGCCAGGGACCUCAACCUGCACAACAUUCAGCGCAGGAGGGCGUCGUCAGCAAUGCUGAUCCGGCGAGCGCUUCAGGCACAGUCCCCCGGACACCAGCAGGAGCCCCCCGCCAUCCACGAGGAGGACGGCGAUUCCUCCUCCAAUGAUCUCAUCUCCAGGAGGGGCGUGUUCAGCAGGAGGCACUAUGGCUCGGUGGAGCUGCUGCCGCAGAUCGAGGCGGACGGCUCCGAGCUCAACGGGAGGCGCUUCCGCGUCGAGAACGGAGAGUCUCUGGGCGAGAAGGAAGAGAUGUUCGGGUCGCCUAGUACCCCGGUGCUGGAGAACCCCGAGUACCAGACGAGAUGGUACUUCAAGUACUUUCUCGGAAAACUGCACCAGAACUACGUGGCCCUGGACGGCGACAAGGUGCCCGUGUUCCUGUCCGUGGUGCUCACCGACGCCAACGACCAGUGCGUGCCGCAGUACCGGGCCAUACUCUGGAGGAAAACGGGCGCCCAGAAGAUCUCCGUGCCCUACACGCCAAACAAACCAAUCACUGUCAAACAAAUUUUAAGCAACUUCCCGAACAUGGAGAAGCUGGAGAAGGGACCAAAGGAAAUCUUUGCACCGGAAAUACAGAAGGAUCUGCUGCUUCUGGAGGAGCAGGAGGGCUCCGUCAACUUCAAGUUCGGCGUCCUCUACACCAAGCCUCAGCAGGUCACCGACGAUGAGAUGUUUAGCAACGAAGAGGGUAGUCCAGAUUUUCAACGCUUUGUCAAGCUCCUGGGCGACGAGAUCAAGUUGAAGGCCUGGAAAAAGUACCGAGGCGGUCUAGAUGUCAAAGGCGACAUGACGGGCAAGCACUCGGUGUACACCAUCUACGAGGGUCACGAGAUCAUGUUCCACGUCUCCACCAUGCUGCCCUACUCCAAGGACAACAGGCAACAGGUUGAGCGCAAGAGGCACAUCGGCAACGACAUCGUCAACAUCGUCUUCCUGGACGGUGGGCCCUCCCAGAUGUGCCACUUCAACCCGUCCUUCAUCAAAUCGCAGUUUACUCACGUGUUCGCCCUGGUGACGCACGACGAGGAGGCGGACGCCUGGAGGCUGGCCGUGUACUCGGAGGAGUCCGUGCCGCUCUUCGGGCCGUCGCUGCCCUGCCCGCCCGUCUUCGUCAACGACGACGACUUCCGAGAGUUCCUCCUCGUCAAGAUGAUCAAUGGUGAGAAGGCGGCCUUCAACACGCCCACGUUCAGCCAGAAGCGCGAGCGCACCCUGGACAUGCUCAUCAAGGACCUGCACUCGGAGCACAUGCCGGACGGACGGACGACGAUGCUCAACCGGCGGGCCUUCUCGGACGUGCUGCCCGACGCGCCGCGGGGCGUCAGCGGGUCGGCGUCCUCGCGCCGGAAGGAAGAGACGCGCCAGGUCAGUGACGACGGCGGCGUCCUGGAGGCGACGCGUCGCGGGUGGGGUGCACGUCGGGGGCACGUCAACGCCGCUGCCCCUGGGCCUGGAGGAGACGCGGGACGCGCGGGCGAGAGGCUGCGGCGGUGGCGCUUUGUGUGGUUGGCGCUCCGCCCCGCCCCGCCCCGAUAUAUGCAAUACUACACAGUUUAUUUCAAUCCCUUAAGUUCUAACUAUGAGAAAAAAGAAAUUCACUCACCCAUUAUAGGUACUGAUGAUCAUGACUGA